AUGAUGAAGAGGAAGGUGGGAGGAAGAGGUGCAACACAAGAAGAGCACCUUGCAUGCAGACAGAAGAAGUGGAGAAAUACUAUUUGGCAAAGGAUUUUACAUCUACCAUUCAGAAUGUUGCUUCACUCCUCUUCAGAAAGAAGACCUCUUCUUGGGUUUACAGCCCUACUAACGAAAAGCUUUACCACAACACCUCCAUCUUUUACCCCAAAGAAGUCCAUAUGGACUUUGCAGUCUCUUAAUUCUCCACCUGUCUGGGUAACACAGGCCCUUUUCACUAUAGACCAAGGAGAGAGAGAACUGCAAAACCUCAUGGAGCAGCAGCAGGCUGGGGUGGAUGAGAUGAAUCAGGAGUUGGACAGUUCAGUCAUUAAUGCAGAAAAGGAAGAGCGUCGCCUUCUUGAGAAAGUUGAGCGGCACCACAGAAAAGCCCAACAGCUCCUAAGCCAGGUGAGGAGGGAGAACACUGCUGCAAUGAGAGUUGUUCAAUCUCUCGUCGAUCAACAACUUCAAAAAAUGGCUCGACUGAAGGAGCAGCUAAAAAGAUGGGGCAGCUCAGCUGGGGGUGCCGAGAAGCUCCAUCAGCUACAAGAAGGGGUGGAGGAGGUCACGAAACCUUGGGAAAUCUGUCUUACACUGAAAAGAGUCAGUUACAAACCAAACAGCCAGUCUCAAAUUUUAAGCUUAGGUGAGGUAGAAGUUCAUGAGCAAGGUAUGACUUAUCCCAUUGGUGUCUGUGGUGGUCAAGGACAGAAGUGUGCACUGCACUCAGGAAAGCCAACGUUUUCAAACACCAACCCUUUGGAGAUCCGUACAGAACCUCAAGUACAAAGGCAAAGUCCAGAGGAGAACACUAAGACAAAAUGUGGGAACAUGCCAAUGGUACGGAAAUUACAUCUGUCAAGUUGUACAGAGGAUGAAGUUGAGUGUGCAUCACCAAGAUCCCCCUUACUGAGACUUUGUGGAGAAACAGAGUCCUGUAAAGAAGAGGAAGCAGAGUCAGUAUGCUCAGAAACCCCAAGAGAAGAAUUAUUCCCUGCUUUUCCAGCACUCUCUAGUCAAGGAGAAUCUGAAGAUGAUGGAUUGGAUGACAAAUUGUGCAUAACUAAGAAGCGAUUCAAACUUAAGGGAAAGAAAAAACAAAAGGCCCAUGUUCUUGUGUCAUGUGAGGAACACUAUUUCCCUCAAGACAAAAGUGAUACAAGAAAUGAUGCAAGGAGUGAUGAUUUGCUUUGCCAACUCGGUCCUGGAUCCCUUUCCACUAGAAGAGGUUCCCUUUCUCAACAAGCCCCAUCUCUGCAAAACAUCUCAAAUGAAUCAUCAAAGGACAGCGAAAGCCCAGUCUCCCCGGCAAACAGUGAUGAUUCAUGUUACAUAUAUCCUGCGGAUGACGAUAGAUCCCUUAAGCAGAAGUGCUCACUGUCCUCAGCCAAGUUCUCUGGGAAGUUAUGCUCUAUCAGCCCUGCGAACAAAAGUGACUGUGGAGCCAUCAGGAAAGUCAACAGAAUGCGCCUGGCAUCCAAACAUUCAUCUCUUGAACAAAGCCAUAGACUUAGCACUGAGCCGGAACCAGACAGGAAGGCUACCAGAGCAGGUGAGCAACAUUCAAGAUCCCAAACCUUUGUUUCACAUCACUUUAGUUUAAACUGUGUGAGCAAAUCUCUGUCCAUGGCAGCCAUUGUAGGUGAGGAUUCACAGCGAUACAAAAAUGAAAAGAAAGAGAAAGAUGCUGCAUCUUUUAGAGAGCUGGUUGAAGAAAGAGGUUCAACCUUGCUUGACUCAGCCUAUCUGGUUAAACAGUUUGGAAAACAAGGAUCAGGUCGUACUGAUUUUAAUUUGCCAAGCGGUCUACAUGCAACUGUUAACGGGCAGCUGUUUGUGGUGGAUUGUGGAAAUGCACGUAUACAGGUGACUGACACCCAGAAGAACUUUGUGCAGCAGGUUUCUCCUUCAGGAACAGAGAGAUCGUCUCGUAUUUGCAACUACUUUGACGUCGCUGUCAACUCAAAAGGCCUCAUUGCCUUGACCUGCGCUGCCGAACGAGCUGUGUUGGUGUUUAGCCGCCACGGACGUCUGCUGCAAACAUUUGGAGGCAUAAUGAGUGGUACCAACAAUGAAGAGUUGGAUGCUCCCAGGGGGGUGACUCUGAUCCGUCAAGAUGAGUUCUUGGUCGCUGACAUAAAACGCGGUACUCUAACUGCACUGAAGCUGGACCCCAAAACCGGGGCCAGGUUAGAGCGCACUGUUGUGACUGGUUACCACCGGCCAUAUAUGGUGGCAGCCUGUCUUGCAACUGGCCUCAUGGCAGUGUCAGAAAGAGGCAAUGAGACUGGCCGUGUGGCAUGUAUUCGAGUCCUGGAACCUGGAUGGACCACAAUCCGGAUCCUCGGAGUCUGCUCUGGCCUUGGGCCUGUCCUUUCCUGCCCUUGGGGUCUUUGUAUCGAUAGCGACGGGAAUGUUCUAGUGGCAGACUGGGGCAAACAGAACCACCGUGUUCUUCUAUACACGUCUACGGGUGUCGGCUGGCCGGUGGUGACUGAACAUCUGAACAACCCAAGAGGUCUAGCGCUGCUACCCGAUGGCCACAUGGUCAUUUCGGACAGCAUGAAUCAUUCCAUCAAAAUCUACCGCUACAAAUUAAAUUGA